AUGGUGUGGUUGGGUGUAUGUGCUGAAGGUCUGACGGUACCGGUGAUUUUGGAGAAUGGAACGAUGGAUGCAGAAAGAUACAUCAAUGACGUUCUUCCAAUUGCUUUAAAACAUGGUAACAAAAUGCUAGGAAACAAAUGGACUUAUCAGCAGGACGGAGCCAAACCUCAUACACAUCACUCAAGUAAAAAAUGGUGUGCUGAUCAUUUUCCUGAUUUUAUUUCAAAGGAUCGUUGGCCACCGAAUUCGCCUGAUUUAUGUCCGUUAGAUUACAGUUUAUGGAAUGAAUUAGCUAAAUCUAUGGAUUGGAAGAACAUAACAACAAAAGCAACAUUAAUAGACGGAAUAAAACGUUCUGUCAAAAAAAUUAAAAAAGAAAAAAUUUUACAUUCUGUACUUGAUUUUACUGUACGAUUAUGUUUAAUCCAAAAGAAUGGAGGAAACUAUAUUCGAUAA